AUGAGUCAACAAAACGGAAGCGGCGAUGCCCGCCUCGCUGCCACCACGACGCCGCCGCCGCCGCCGCUGCCGCGGUCCAAGGGUGGCGAGGCGGCGCAGCAGGACAAGGUGCUGUCCGCGUCGGCGAACCUUGCGCAGCUGCUGCCGACGGGGUCGGUGAUGGCGUACCAGGCGCUGUCGUCGUCCUUCAACAACCACGGCGAGUGCUACGCCUCCAACUGGUGGCUCACCGUCUCCCUCGUCACCUUCCUCACCGUCUUCUGCAUCUUCUUCGCCUUCACCGACAGCAUCCACCUCAAUGGCAAGGUCUACUACGGCGUGGCCACCAGGAGAACCCUGAUGAUCUUCAACGAUGACGAAGGCCUUCUGAAUUUUCAAGAAGAGAAAAAUGGAAAAGACACGAUGGGACAGCAAGGAGCAGAACAAAUUGAAGAACUAACGAUGGGAGGACAUGAAGCAGUAGUAGCACAGACUGAUGAAAAGAAACUAAAACUAGAACAGGAAGAACUGAAGGAGAGACUGGAGAAGCUGAAGCUGAAUUGGCUGGACGGUCUUCACGCCUUCUUCACGGCGGUGGUGUUCCUGUCCGUCGCAUUCAGCGACGUGGGGCUCCAGAGAUGCCUCUUCCCACACGCCAGCCACGACACCAUGGAGCUGCUCAAGAACAUGCCGCUGGGCAUGUCGUUCCUGUCGAGCUUCGUGUUCAUGAUCUUCCCCACGACGCGACACGGCAUUGGGUUCUCCAAUCCCAACAACAGUAGCACCACCUCCAAAAAAGUUGGGCCAGGUGAUGUAGAAGCACCGGCGCCACAGGUACCUUGA